GGGGCACAUGGGGCGAGGCCACGCUGUUCCCGCCGGGCCGGGCCAACAACAUGUUUCGGCCCCGGACGCGGCAGGCAUCCGCGGCCGGCGCAGCCGCUUCUCCGGGCUGCGCGUAGGCGUGUGUUUACACACGGGCCCCGCGGCGCACGCACGUAGCGUCACGCGACGUCAGACGCUGUCCCGGAAGUUGGCGCGGGCCGGGCGGCGGGUGGAAGCCGGUGCCGGAGCGCGAAUUGCAGCGCCGUCGCCUUCACUGCCUGGGCCGGGGUCGCCGGCCCGCUCGCCCGUCCGCGAUGGGGACCGGGCCCUGAGCGCCCCGCCCGGCCUCCCUUUCCACAGCGACCCCGCCCGGCCGCGAUGGAGGCGCCUUCAGCGGGCCCUCUUCCCGCCGAGGGCGGCCCGCCUGUGGCCGUGGCCGAGGUGCGCUGCCCGGGCCCCGGGCCGCUGCGCCUGCUCGAGUGGAAGGUGGCGGCGGGCGCGGCCGUGCGUAUCGGCUCCGUGCUGGCCGUGUGUGAGGCCGCCGCUUCCGCGCCGCCCGCCGGUCCCGCCCCUGCCCGCGCUGGCUCCGGGGGCUGUGUGCGAGCCGAGCGAAGGCUGAGGUCCGAGCGCGCCGGCGUGGUGCGGGAGCUGUGCGCGCAGCCGGGCCAGGUGGUGGCCCCUGGGACCGUCCUGGUGCGGUUGGAAGGCUGCAGCCACCCGGUUGUCAUGAAAGGCUUGUGUGCCGAGUGUGGCCAAGACCUGACCCAGUUGCAGAGUAAGAACGGGCAGCAGCAGGUGCCUCUGUCCACGGCCACAGUGUCCAUGGUGCACAGUGUCCCAGAGCUGAUGGUGAGCUCCGAGCAAGCCAAGGAGCUGGGAAGGCAAGACCAGCAGCGGCUACAUCGAAACAGAAAGCUGGUGCUCAUGGUCGACUUGGACCAGACGCUGAUCCACACGACAGAACAGCAUUGCCAGCAGAUGUCAAACAAAGGUAUCUUUCACUUCCAGCUGGGCCGCGGCGAGCCGAUGCUGCACACGCGUGUUCGUCCGCACUGCAGGGAGUUCCUGGAGAAGAUCGCCAGGCUGUACGAGCUACACGUCUUCACGUUUGGGAGCCGGCUGUACGCUCACACCAUCGCAGGCUUUUUAGACCCUGAGAAGAAGCUUUUUUCUCAUCGAAUAUUAUCGAGGGAUGAAUGUAUUGACCCAUUUUCUAAAACAGGAAACCUUAGAAAUCUCUUUCCCUGUGGAGACUCAAUGGUGUGCAUUAUUGAUGACCGGGAAGAUGUCUGGAAGUUUGCCCCCAACCUGAUAACCGUGAAGAAAUAUGUCUACUUCCAGGGCACAGGGGACAUCAAUGCUCCCUCUGGGUCACGGGAGUCCCAGGCGAGGAGGAGAGUGACUCAGUCUUCUAAAGCUGCCGACGUCGCGGAACACACUCCGUCCGUCAGGGAGACUGAGGAGGGACGGCAAAUCCCUGGGGUCGAGCAAAGUAACGGCCUUGGGAAACCCACGAGGGAGCUCAACGGGGGUGUCUCCCCACGGGGGGGCUGGCCCCUGCCUGGGCAGGAGGAGGACAGAGGCGCCCGGCCCGCCACCCAUGGCCCCUUGGCUGAUGGCAGGGGACCCCCAGCAUGUGCUCAGCCACAUGGUCGGACAUCGCUGGAAAAGCGGCCCGCUCAGGGCACGGCAGGUGGUGACCUGGACUUUGACCUUUCCAGUGACAGCGAGUCGGACGCCCAGUCAUCCUCUGAAGGCGAAAGUGGGGAGAGGAAGGGCCUGGAAAGGCCUCAGGGCUCACGAGAUGCAGGGAAAGUGGCGCAGCGGGGAGGCCCUCUUGGUCCGGGAGGGGAGAGGCCUGCAGGAGCCAGUCCGUGUGGAGAGUCUGCCCCGGGCGAGCAUCUGGAUGCGCAGGACGAGGACGAGCGGGACGGCCUCUGCGGACUGGGCGGGGGCUCUGCGGACAGGAAGGAGGCCGAGACCGAAUCGCAGAACAGCGAGCAGUCGGGCAUCACGGCAGGCGAGUCCCUGGACCAGAGUGUGGAGGAGGAGGAGGAGGAGGAGGACACGGAUGAGGACGACCACCUGGUCUACCUGGAGGAGAUCCUCGCUCGGGUGCACUCUGAUUACUACGCCAAGUACGACCGCUACCUCCGCGGGGACAGCCAGGAACCCCCCGACAUACGCAAGAUUGUCCCUGAGCUCAAGAGCAGGGUGCUGGCAGACGUGGCCAUAAUAUUUAGCGGGCUGCACCCCACAAACUUCCCCAUCGAGAAGACGCGGGAGCAUUACCACGCCACAGCCCUUGGAGCCAAGAUCCUCACUCAGCUGGUGCUUGACCCCGACGACCCUGACAGGGCCACCCACCUAAUCGCUGCGAGGGCAGGCACAGAGAAGGUGCGCCAGGCCCAGGAAUGCGGGCAACUGCACGUGGUCAACCCCGACUGGCUGUGGAGCUGCCUGGAGCGCUGGGACAGAGUGGAGGAGCAGCUGUUCCCGCUCAGGGCCGACUACGGCCGGGCCCAGAGGGAGGACGGCCCCGCAGCCUUUCCCGACAGGCAGGGUGCACUUCCGACUGCCUUGUUCCACCCGACGCCCGUCCACCCCAGGGCCCAGUCUGGGCCGGAAGUUCGCAUCUACGAUGCCAACACGGGCAAGCUCAUCCGGAAAGGUGCUGUGGGCCCCGGGCCCCCCAGCUCCCUGGCGGUCCACACGGAACACUCCUCCUUCAGAGUGGUUCAGCCGCCACCACAGAUGCUCGCUCAGGAGCUGCCGGACACCCGACGCGGAGAGCGGCCCGGCCCCGGCGGGAGGAAGCGACAGCCCAGCAUGUCAGAGACCAUGCCGCUGUACACGCUGUGUAAGGAGGACUUAGAGAGUAUGGACAAAGAGGUGGAUGACAUCCUAGGAGAGGGCAGUGAUGACAGCGACAGCGAGAAGAGGAGGCCGGAGGAGGAGGGGCCGCGGGAGCGGCCACUGCCCCGGGAGCCCCGGGCCACGCUCGAGGCCGCAGCAUCCAGCGAGAGGAGCACAGCAGACGGCCGGGGGCCCAGGAAGGGUGAGACCAGCCUUAGCACACCGCACUGCCACCUGGGCACUGACCGUCUUUCCCUGGUCUUGAGCCACGCACUGGGCUCCGUGGGAACACCCCGCACGACCACCCGAGUGGGGCUCAUCUGUGUUCUCUCGCUCCCUCUGUUAGUUCCCUGCAAGACGACCCUGUUGCGGGAGAGCCCUUGAUCUGCAGGACGGGUGCACCGUGUCUCUGACGUACCCGGCACCUGCGUGGGGUCGUGUGUGGUCCAGCCCCGCAGGAAUGUGGCUGUGCGGUCUCCUCGGCCACCGAUGGGAGCGACAACACCCACCUCACGGAUUUGGUGGAAAAGAGGGCUCGUGUCACCCCAUGCCAGCACUCCGCGUCAUCGGGAGGUGUCUGAGCACGAGGACGUUGCCGCAGUGAG